GGCCUUUGCGCGUCGCGAUCACCGUCAUCCAGCAUGCGCCAACCUUCUCUAUUCCAGCCCAGCACAUCGCAGUAUCAGAUCCCUUCGCGUCUGCAUUUCGCUCUGCAUCGCACCAACACUAUCGUUCACCCAGAUCCUGCGCCUCGCCCCUAGCUCAGCGCUGUAACCCUGGACGUGGGAUUUCGCAACAGCGUCACAUCCAAGAUUAUUCUAGGCGCCUUGUGCAUACAUCAUGCUCCUCCCAAGAUCACAUCUGCAUACCUGUACAACAUAACAUACAACUGCUUAGCCACUUCCGAAGCUCCGGCAAACCGAUCGCUUCACUCAACUGGAACCCGAAAGCCUCACUUAUUUGACUGCCUCCAAAAGACAACAACGCGACACGCUAGUAAACGCCACAUCUGAUCUCAACAUCAAAGUCGGAACAUUUCGAUAACGAAACAGCCAUGGACUUUUCGAACAAUGCGUUUCGGGCACCUCCAAAGGUCUCAGAGGACACCAUGUCACACGCGAAUCUGGUGAUGGCUUGCCAAUGGGGAUGGUCCAGUACACCUGACUCAGAGCGCGCACAGCCUACCAUAUCUGCUGCGCUGCACUCCACAUCAACCACAUCGUUCAACAACAUUCGAAGCAAACGACUUGCACCAUGUCAAGGUCGUCUAUAUCACCAGCUACUCUGCUCGCAUCGCAUCCGGACCGAUCUCGUCGAAGAUUGUGGCGAUAACUGUGUAGAGCCCUUCAGCAGCGCGACAGGUCCUGCGUUCGUCUGCAACGAGUGUGUCCAGAAAGAGGCCAUUGAUAUCUGGGAACAGCGGAAGGCGCAACACGGCGCAUCUUACCCACCUCUAGACCAGAUGACGAAAGAGCAGUACGAUGUGUACUUCGAAGAGCGCCGAUUACUCGAAGCUGAGUUCGCGCGAGAGCAUAAGCUUUACGAAAUGGAACUCACGGCAAACCUGCGACCAAGCAACAUAUGUUCCGCGCAGGAAGCCAGUAAAGAAGAGACAGAGUUCGCGGCGGAAUUGGACUCCUUGUCUCUGGCCAUGAUGAGCUCUGGGGAAGGCGCAAAACGCCAGUUUGCGCAUUCUCGCGAUCGUUCAAGCCUGCCAAACGACCCGUCUGAGCAGCUGCACUGGACCCUGAACUCGCUAGCACUGGAUCGGGGCGCAUGUGGCAUCGAAUACGCCCCAUCACAGUUGUCGAAUCGUAUGCUUUCUUUGAGGCAGGUGAGCGAGGAGGAGCUGUGGAGGAAGCCGCGAGAGUAGGCGGAAGCGGGUCAGGACAGAACAUGUUUGCCCGACGCAAGGCCGCUGUUUGGCCGUGCCUUUGAUUAAUGAUGCUUGUUAGCGAUAUGCAUGGAACUGAACCUCAGCGGCAUUUACUGGUGUUAGUGCGUAACAGCACGCAGGAAUUGGCUCUCUACUUAAAAAAAUUGGACCCCCACUUUUGCAGAACAGCUUAAACGCGGCGCCGAGCGAAUCACACUCAUCCGCAUUUCUUUAAUACAGCUGUGUGAAAAUGGAAGAAAUUGUAGUUCUUAUGCUAAUUCAACAACAUAUGCGGCCUAACGGUGAAUCAUAGGGAUGGUCAGGUAUUGGUACGGGCAAGGAUACGGAUACCUAGGC